AGAAGGAGAAGGAUGAGAAGAAGGAGAAGGAGAAGGAUGAGAAGAAGGAGAAGGAGAAGGAUGAGAAGAAGGAGAAGGAUGAGAAGAAGGAGAAGGAUGAGAAGAAGGAUGAGAAGAAGGAUGAGAAGAAGGAGAAGGAUGAGAAGAAGGACAGUUCUCGGUUGAAACAGCUGUAUGGAGUGAUUGUCCCAGAACUGUCAGAAAUAGUCUCUAUUUCUGACAGUUCUGGGACAUUCACUCCAUACAGCUGUUUCAACCGCUGUAUGGAGGGAAUGUCAUGGAACUGUCAGAAAUAGACUAUUAAUGACAGUUCUGGGACUGUCCUUCCAUACAGCGGUUGAAACAUUGUAUGUAUUUGUUUCCA